AUGCAAGAGAAACUAGCUCUUUCACCGUUGGAAUGGAAGUUUAUGGAAGAGAGGAAGAUUGUACAACAGUUAUUAUCUUGUGAAGCUACCCAGGAAGGAUAUCCAACAGUUAUUCCAAAAACCAGUAUUGGGGGCAUUGGCAAGACAAGUCGUGCUCGAUUGGCAUAUAAUGAUGAGAGGGUAACACAGCACUUCGAUGUUAAAAUUUGGGUGUUCGUGUCUGAAAUUUUUUAUGCAAAGAUGAUCACGAAGACAGUUACAGAGUCUGCUACAAAGAAAAUAUGCAAAAAAGAGAUGGAUGCGCUUCAGUCCAAGCUGUGGGGUUUGUUGCAUAGAAAGAGAUACCUCAUUGUGCUAGAUGAUGCUUGGAGUAAGGAUCACAUUGAGUGGGGCAAGCUAAGGCCUUUGUUGAGAGGGGGUCUUGCUGGAAGUACACUCAUCAUCACUUCUCGUAGUAAAAAAGUCGCUAUGAUGAUGGACUCCCCAAUCUUCCCUUACCAUUUGAAGGGUUUGGAUGAAGAUGAUUGCUGUGCUUUGUUCAGGCAACGGGCUUUUCGGAGAGGAGAAGAAGAGCAGGAUCCAAAUCUUUUGCCAAUAGGAAAGCAGAUUGCCAGAAAAUUUGGAGGGCUGCCACUAGCUGCAAAAACUUUGGGAAGCUUGACGCGCUUCGAAAGAGAGGAUAGAGAGUGCUUACGAAAUCAAGGAGAAGUUAAUUCAUCUAUGGAUGGCAGAGGGAUUUCUACAAGAGGGGUCAAACCACCAGAAGAUAUUGGCAAUGAGUACUUCAAGGAUUUGUUGUGGAUGGUUUUCUUUCAAGAUGCAGAAAAAUAUGAUGAUGGCAACAUGAAUUGCUACAAAAUGCAUGAUAUCAUUCAUGAUCUUGCACGAUAUGUUUCAGGGGAAGAAUUUAUGAUAGUGGAGCAUGAUCUUCUACCAUUUGGCCUGGUCCAAACUUGCCACUCAUGUAGCGUAGGUGAAGUUGGAUCAUUUACAGUUCCAGAAGCAUUGUAUGAGGCAGAACAACUGCGGACACUCUUAUUGGUAGGGGUGGAGGGCUUGAAAGACAUUCCCUUCAAACUAGUUUUUCCACCAAGCGUAGAGAGGCUUCGUCAUUUGCAAACUUUGAACCUGUAUGGCUGCACUGGUCUUGCACAAUUGCCUGACUUGACAACAAUGGCUGAUCUUCGCCAUCUUAUUUUAACUGGACGUGACUGUUUACCCUUGAUUCCUUUCAGUAUCAGAAAGUUGCAUCUACUUCAGGCAUUGCCAAAAUAUUUUGUACAUAGGGAUUACAACUGCACCCGCCACUUGGCACAUUUAGAUCUCUGCGGUGAUUUGAAGAUUAGCACUUGCAGAAUGCGAAUACAUCUUAUUCUAACUGGGUGUGAAGCAUUAACAUCAAUUCCAUUUAAUAUUGAAGAGUUGCCUCAGCUUCAAACAUUGCCAACGUUUAUUGUAGACGGCUACUAUAACGGCAUCCAGCAUUUGGAACAUGUAAAUCUUCACGAAAGAAUCCCAGAAAUUCACUCUAUCUCAGGAAGUUUUCUUGCUGGAAACACGUUUCUGACAUCUCUGGAGAUCAUCUCUUGCCCCAAACUCAUUUUGAUUCCAUCAGAGCUGGGGAGCCUCACAGCUUUAAAAUCCUUGACAAUUCGAUGGUGUGAAGAGCUUAUGUCUCUGCCGCAAAGUUUGCAGAACCCCAAUGCUUUAGAGUCAUUGGAGAUUAGUGAAUGCUAUAGCAUGGCCUCUUUAGCAGACAAUGGGCCGGCUUCAAGGUUUAAGUUCGCUGCGGACUUUAUCCAUCGAAAACUGCAAUAG